UAUUCCCAUAGCGAUUGUAAACUAUCGGACAAGUUUACUGCUGAAAACAAGAGUUGAUUGCAAGCCGUUUUGAGGGUGAUAUGAGUGGCACUCAACGCUGAGAUGUGAACCACGGCGGAUCAUCAAGAUGUCUAGAAAGCCAGUCAGGAAAGUUCCAGAUACUAUUGAGCUGCUUGAAAGAAUACUUCAGCGGACAACUCUUUCAACACAAAGAACUGGACACAACAACGUUGAAGAUGUCGGAGGCAAGGUCUACGGUGACUUCUUAAAUUUCACUCGUCAAGAGAGGGAGAAUGCAGUCAACCAAGCUGUCAAGGAGGCAGAGGACCGAGCGGAAAGAAGGUUAAAGAAAUGUCUUCAAGAGGCACAUCGGAAAGCUGAAGCUGAGAAGAGGAGGGCAUUGGAGGAGGCUCGGCUGGAAGCAGAACGUACCGCUGCCCGCGUUGCCGAAGCCAGGGAUCAACUUGAGGCGGAGAGAAUCGCCAAAUUAAAAUGGGCCUUCAAGAUUGAGAAGGAAGACGCUCUGCAGAAACAGUGGGAGGAAUGCGAGAGAAUUAAGAAAAAGGCAGUUGAGGAUGCUAUCAACGAGACGACAAAAAGACUGAAGAAAGAGUUUGCUCUCGAGAAAGAGCUCGCUAUUGCCUCAGCUCUCGCUAUAGCUAGGGAGAAGUUCCGCAAGAGAUUGGAGGAGGCGAUACGAGCCACAAAGGAGGAAUGCGAGAGGAUAGCUGCUGAAGAAGCUGCUAGAGUCGCUAAACUACAUCGAGCCGAAGUACUGAGAUUAGAACAUAUCAUUGAGGACUUGCAGCGACAGGUGAGAGACGAAAUAGAGGCAAGAGAGAUGGUCCAGAACGAUUUCAAGGCAAUCCAACAAGACUAUCGUCGCUUCUUGGAUUACACUGACGGCAAGUACCACUCGGAUUACUUGAUGAGGCUACGUAAACAUGGCAUGAGGUACGAUCAUAACUGGGAUCGGCGUGACAGUGAAGAUGUAGACAUAUUCCCACUGCCAACAUUUCUACACAACUAUACCAAGCAGGGAAAGGUCAGGGCUGAUGACCCAUCUGCCAAAGAGAACCGGUUUGCUCGAGUUCAAUCCAGAUAACAUUGGCCUGUUCUAGUUCAUUCCAGAUCGAUCAAUGUGCGAGAGAGAACCAGUUUGUUCCAGUUCAUUCCAGGUAAAUCAAUGUGUCACGGAGAAUCAGUUUGUCUCAGUUCAUUCCAGAUGACAUUUGUUGUUUUAGUAGUACUGAUCAGACAAGGAGAGAAUCAGUUUGUUCCACUGUACUGCACUGUAUACUCAGUACUUACCCGAGUCCUGUGAAAAAUAUCACAGGCAUAUUACUCGGCUGGGAUUUGAACCC